AUGCUAUCAUCUGAUGGUGCUAAUCAGCAGCCUUGUAUUAUCUUCAACUUGCUAUUGCAGCUAGCCCCCGUAAACCACCCUCUGGCCCUAGAAACUCCUCGAGGUCCCCUCGAAGCGCGAGGGUGGUUACGCUACUCGAUUGGUUCAACUGCGGCUGCGGCAGAAUACGGCUUGAAAAGUCUUGCCCCUUUUCUCGGGCGCGAUUUUACAGGCCAGGGCGGCGUCGCUGAUUAUUUCCGCCUGGUUACUGAUAUUCUUACAGUACAUGCCAUGACUUUCGAGAAAGAGUCUUCGUGGAUGGUCGAUACAGACCUUCAUAUGGUUGAAUUACGUGGCAAAGGCUGCUUUAGUUGGAAGGACACUGGUAAGGUUUGUGAAGAAGAGUUCUUUUAUCGUAUUCAGUUGGCCCAGGAGGAAUGUCACACAGCGCAGCAGGGACAAUGGAAAGUGCAGGAUUAUCGAGUCUGGUCAGAUACUGGAGCUGCAUAUUUGGCGCAUAUACAUCAACUCGGGAAAAUGUAUAACCCUUAG